UUCCAAAGCUCUACGUUCCAGCAAUGCGCAUGCGCAGCCCAAGCCGCCGGGGCAGCGUGAAAGGCUGGCGGAAGCGAGCUCUCUUUCCUCUUCCGGUGUGGGCGCCAUCGCUGCCGCAGCUCCAAGAUGGGCAAGUUUAUGAAACCAGGGAAAGUCGUCCUUGUCCUCGCUGGGCGUUACUCCGGACGCAAAGCUGUUAUUGUUAAGAAUAUUGAUGAUGGCACCUCUGACCGCCCCUACAGCCACGCUCUGGUGGCUGGCAUCGAUCGCUACCCACGCAAAGUGACAGCAAGCAUGGGCAAGAAGAAGAUUGCCAAGCGUUCCAAGAUCAAGUCCUUUGUGAAGGUCUACAAUUACAACCACUUGAUGCCUACCAGGUACUCCGUUGAUAUUCCCCUUGACAAGACCGUUGUCAACAAGGAUGUCUUUAGGGACCCUGCGCUGAAACGUAAAGCCCGGCGGGAGGCCAAAGUGAAAUUUGAGGAGAGAUACAAGACAGGCAAGAACAAGUGGUUUUUCCAGAAGCUCAGAUUCUGAGUGGCAUGCAUUUGCACCAAUAAAUAUUUUUGAAAAGCCCA